CGGAUAGUCAGGAGAGUGUGUUCCUAUUGGUUACAAUGGCUUACUAUGUAACUAUCGGUGGCAUGCCCGUAAUUUGGUCGGUUCACAUAAUGGCCACACUAAAAAUAUAUGAAUUGUCAGCUAGUUAUUGAUGAUUUUUAUGUGAAAUCGUAGAAUUUCAGCCAUGGCGAGAUCGAAUCUGCUGACCCAACUGGAUAGUAUAGAUCAGAACGAUCUAUUAUAUGUAGAACGUGACCUGAAUUUUGCCCAAAAGGUGGGCCUUUGCUUCCUGCUUUUUGGCGUUGAACACUCUGAUGCAACCUACAUUCUGCAGAAGCUUUUGAGCAUGACUCGAUCAGACUACCCGCAAAGUGAUUUGCUUAUGCAGUACGCCAAAUCCCGACCAGAAGCGUGGAGACGACAACUCGUGGAGGCUCUGUGCAUUAUUGGUGCCAGACAGGUGCUACGCAGAUUGGGUUUCCGUUGGCAGGAGCUUCGAAUGCACUAUUUGCCGCAUAUUGGAGGAAUAACACUGCAUGUUCAUCCUCUUUUAAAGACGCUAUAUAAAAUUUGCGAGGAGUUGUCGUUAGCGCAGAGUGGGCGCUUGGUCAUAGAUGUUGGCGAAAAGGUGGAGCAACACAAGGCAGGAGAUCCACUCCGCUUCUAUGAUCCGACUUACCUUGAGAUCUUCCUAUUGGACUGGCUAACCAGGAGGUGUAUACGGCUAGGUGACAUUAACGGCCAGGGCAGUGAUGUUCAACUGCUGAUUGAGUAUUUCAAAUUUAAUGAUUUGCACGAAUAUGCCAAGUUGCUCAUAGAUACAAUCAACAGCAACGCUCUAGAUCAAGACCCAAUAGUGGCUAAUCUAACGCCCAUGAAGCAAGACACGGAAUCGAAUAUUCAGCAGGCGCCUAUAUGUUCCACAGUUAAACCAGACUCCUUGACUGCUUCUUUCCGACGAAAAAAUGCCAUCGAGUUAACGCGUGAAAAUGCAGGAAUCGCUUUGAUUAUUAACCAACAGAAAUUCCACCGGAAUGUCGGUAAUGAUCUUAAGAGAUUUUUAUCACCCAAAACAUUACUGAAACGGGAUGGCACAGAUGUCGACAAAGCGCGACUUAAUAAGGUAUUCUCUUCAAUGGGAUACAGCGUGGAGUCGCACGACAAUGUGAAUCACUUGGACAUUGUGCAACUUAUGAGAAGUGCCUGCGAUAGGUCCCUGCUGCGGGAUUCACUUGUAGUCUGCAUAUUAAGCCAUGGUUUUGAGGAGGCCGUAUAUGGAGCGGAUAGCAUUGCCCUACGGAUCACAGACUUGGAAAAUGUGCUUUGCAGCUACGAAACACUCUACAACAAACCCAAGCUGCUGGUCAUCCAGGCCUGCCAGGAGGAGGCUCUCAAGAAAGGAGAGCCAAAUCAAAAGGGAUUGCCUUUUAAAAUCGAUGUGUCCACCCAGUCGCCGGGUCAACACAUUAACAUGGUACGGGCCAUGUCCACGGUAAAUGGAUUUGCUGCUCUCCGGCACACGCAUAUGGGCAGCUGGUUUAUUCAGAGCCUGUGCGAUGCCAUCGAUCAGUAUUCUGCCAGUGAGCAUUUUACCGAUAUACUGACGAUAGUCACCAACGAUGUGGCGGAAAAGCGGGGUGAGAACGACGAGUCCAUGGUGCCCAAGUUUAAUAGCACCCUUCGCCAGCACGUCUACUUGCCACCUCGCCUGUGACAUUACUUUUUUAAUUAAUGAUUAAUAAUUAAAUCUUUAUAUUGAAUUUUAGUUAUCAAGCGAGCUGGAUGUAAAGAAGAUGAAAAGAUUUUUAUGCCUCUAA